GAAUAGUUGAGCACCAUUUAUUGCAUUUUGCAUAGCUAUUUAUAUGAGAAAAUAUUGCAAGCCGGCAGUGAAACCUACCGUCGCCGCUGCUGUAGCAAUGGCAACCAGUAGGAAAUUGAGAGCAUUCAAGAAUUGGAUGAAGUCGCAACAUGUAGAGUGUAGCGACGCGCUGGACGUGGUAGUGACGACGAACUCUUCGGCGGUAUCCGUAAGAGCCUUGUGCGAUCUCAAUGUUGGUGAUUUAGUGGCGACUAUUCCCAAGGAGAGUUGCUUGACGGUAAAAACUUCAGGUGCGCGGCAAAUGAUAGAGGAAUCGAAGCUUGAAGGCAUCUUAGCUCUAGCAGUUGUCAUCAUGUAUGAGCGAAGCCUUGGUCCGCUAUCUCCUUGGUUUGGUUAUCUCCAGUUGAUCCCUUAUUCUGAAUCUAUCCCUUUGUUGUGGUCCCUAUCUCAAAUCGACUCUCUUCGCGCCGGAACUGAGCUUCACAAGCUUAAAGCAGAACAUUUUGGUGUUAAGGAGUAUCUUGCUGCAAAAAGUCUAAUUGCGUCGCGGUCUUUUGAAAUAGAUGAUUACCAUGGAUGCGGAAUGGUUCCCUUGGCAGAUCUGUUUAAUCACAAAACUGGUGCUGAGGAUGUACACUUCACAUCUUCUUAUGCUGAAUUGAAUAAUGAUGCUGACAAUGAAAAUUACGGAAAUGAUAAGACUCAUUCAGGAGGUGAAUGCCUCCAAAGGAGUGACUUGGAGUCUUCUCAUUCCGAAUUGGAUGAUGAUGCUCACAGCGACAAGCAUGGAAAUGACGACAAUGAACCAACCAAGGUUAAUUCAAAGGAUGAAUCGAUUAGUGGGAGUUACUCGGAGUUUUCUUCAGCUUCUGAGGAUGAUCUUAUAGUUUUGGAAAUGAUCAUGGUGAAAAAGGUCGAAGUUGGGGCUGAGGUAUUCAAUACGUAUGGGUCUUUAGGUAAUGCUGCUAUGCUACAUAGGUAUGGAUUUGCAGAGUCUGAUAACCAAUAUGACAUUGUGAACCUUGAUCUGGAGCUUGUACUUCAGUGGAGUUCAUCUCGGUUUUCACAUCGCUACAGUAGGAGGAGGUUAUCACUAUGGAGAAAAUUAGAUUAUUCUGGAUGUGUUAGCCAAAAUUCAGAAUAUUUUGAAAUUUCAUUUGAUGGGGAGCCGCAAGUUGAGCUGUUGAUUUUGCUUUACAUAAUAUUAUUGCCAGAGGAAGUGUUUGCUGAACUCGAUCUUGCAGUAACUAUCACCAGUGGUUUUGAAAAUUCUGAGGGCUUCAAUUUGUCGAAGAAAGAUAUUGUUUUAUUUCGAGAAGGUGUUGAGUCGAGCAACAAUAUGUUGCUGACAGAUGGUGUUUGUGUGGCUCUGUCGGGACUAGCAGAUAUUCGGGAAAGUUUAUAUGGUUCAAACCAUCUAGAAGAUGAUAUCAAAACUUUGAACUAUUGUUGUCUGGUGAAAGAACCUAAGAUAUAUUAUUCAUUGGUGUUGCGCAUCAGUGAGAGAAGGAUCCUUGAAAAGCUAAGGUGUUAUGCCUCUGCUGGUGCUAUAAUGCAAACAAAAGGAGGUAAAACUAGAAAAAGAGCAAAGUUUGAAUGAUCUGUUUCAACUAUCCGCGAUCACCGCCAGAUGUGUUUCUGGAUGAAAGGUGCAUACUAGACUGCGGUCCAUAUCAUACUCCCGCAACCAAAGUUCCUUAAUUCUUGGGCUUGUUUGUUGUUCUUGACAUUAAUUCUGGUGUUGUAUUUGCUUUUGGAAUCAUGAGCUGACAAUGCAACUCCAAUGACUAGUAUUCUGUUCACAUUCUCCUUGUUUUGAAAAAUCUGUCAUUACUUUUAUCUCAACUGUUUUGGUUGAUACGGUUUGGUUGCGAAAUAGGGGUAUCUAGUGCUAUCUUAUUAUGAAGUAUUCAUUUUCUUUGAAAGAACCUUUUUGAAAUUGUAUCUUAUGGUAAUCCAAUUGAAAUUAUA